AUGUUGGAUUUUUGUUUGGUGUUGUUCCAGGAAACGUCCGAUUCGCCACACGUUGUCCCUGCCUGCGGCGGCGGCAGCGCUGGCGGCAUUGGCAGCGGCGGUGGUGGCGUUAGCGGUGGCACUGCCUCGUGUUCCACCUCUGCCGCCGCUGCGGCCGCAGCCAUUGCUGCCUCGGCGGCCUCCACCUCGUCCCACCAUCUCGACCAAUCGCAAACACCGCCACCCCUUUACCCCUGCAUGUACUGCGGUCACACAUUCCAGCACCAAAGCAAGCUAACGCGGCACAUACUCUCGCACUCGCUAAAAACGCUGGAGUAUCGCGAAACGGCACAGCACCCGCUCUUGCAUUCGCAUCUGUUGUCGCACGACCUCAAUAUGGCGCAGCUGCCACAAUUCACUUCGUACCAAAUGAAUGCCGCCGCAUUGGCGGCCAGCGGCGCGGAAACUCAGGAACAGGCGGCUGCGGCUGUCGUAGCUGCCGCCAUGGAACUGGACUUUGCCGCUGUUAUGGCGGCCACAUGCGGUAGUGUUGGCGCGCGUGGCGCACUUGAUCUCGACGGCAGCGGUGGUGGUGGUCGGAUGGGUCAUGGUGGCGCCGGUGGUGGCUGCUCGUCAUCGGGGAAUGGCGGCAUUGGUGGCUCACCAGCGGGUAGUGGCGGUGGCGGCUUGGUAUUGAGCGGCGCUGGUUCGUCGUCCUCUUCGACGUCUGCAGCGGCGGCCGCGGCGGCGGCGGCAGCAGCAGCUGCGGCCUCCACGUCGGGUUCGCUGCUCGGCCCAUCAGCGAGUGGUGCCGAUCCGAAUGGUGUUGUACUGUGCAAGUUCUGUGGCAAAAGUUUUCCCGAUGUGACAACGCUGAUUACGCAUCUGCCAGUGCAUACGGGUGAACGGCCAUUCAAGUGUGAAUUCUGUGGCAAGGCGUUCAAACUGCGUCAUCAUAUGAAAGAUCAUUGUCGCGUCCAUACGGGUGAACGACCUUUCCGAUGUCACAUGUGUGGGAAGACCUUCUCACGUUCGACCAUACUUAAGGCGCACGAGAAAACCCAUUUUCCCAAGUAUGUACGCAAAUUUCUUUCACCAAGCCCUGUCGACACAAAGGAUGAACUACCACAAUAGUGAAGCGACUUUAGUUUGCUUCUAAACUACUACUAUUAUUACUACUACUACAACUACAACAUACAGGAUAAUAAUAAUUAUAAUUAUUAUAACUGACGAUGAGCGAUCGUGAUCUGUAGUGGCUGAUACGCAACGACGUCACGUAAGAUCACGAUCAACGCACCAACACGAAACAGGUUGAACGCGAUGAUGAUGAUGAUGAUGAAGGAGACGAAGGCGCAAGUGAUAUUGAUUAUGAUGUUCUGAUACACAUACAUAUUUGUAUGUACAUAAAAGCAUCAUAGAUUUAGUGCUGUUAAACCACGACGACAAAGAAUUUGUGGUUGAACGCCCAUAAGGGAGUAAGAGGCGUGCCACUUAAUAAAUAAUUAUAUAAACAGAUAAACAAAAAACAUGAAAAAAGCCCCUAUAAGUCUGCCUGGACAUACAAACAGCAGCAAAUAUAUACUUAUCUUAUACAUAUAUAUUGCAUAUGUAGUAAAGUAUAUAAUUACAUAAAUAUGCUAUACAAAAUGGAAAGUGAAAAGGAAAACAUAUGUAUGUAUAUUAAAUAUAGUACAUUUGUAUAUGUAAAUAGGUGAAACUACAGCAUGCACAUACAUACAUACAAACAAAUAUACACAUACAUACAUAUAUGAUUAAGUAAGCGAAGUAAGAAAGUAAAUGAUGAAAGCUGAAGUAAAUACAUAAGAAAAAAGAAAUUGUCAUUAUAUACAUGCAUACAAGUAUAUACAUAAAUACAUAUAUAUACAAUACAUAUAUAUAUAUAUAUAUUUAAAUUAGUUGUAAGACAAAUAAUGAAUUCAAGUAGUAGGCUAAAGGCAAAAGCGAAUAGCGUAUGACGGAGAAGUAGAAGUGCUGAAGGAAGAAAAAGACGCUAAGCGUAAAUGCAAAAUUUUGAUUGCAUUUUUUUUUUACAAACAGGAAUUGUGUACAGGCUGGUUGAGAUAAAGCGGUCCGAGUAAAAAAACAAAACGGGACAGAAUAGGAUAGAAAGUAAUUGAGCAAGGCAGGUGUACAUAUAUAUCUCUUAAAGUCUCCAAAGCAUGCGAACGAGAGGGUUAAAGCCAUUAGAGAAGCAGAACCAUAUACUUACAUGCAUAUGUAGUAAGGCAAGUAGCGAGUCCUAAGUGCUGCAGAUAUAAGCGAGCAGCAAGCAAGAUUAGACCAGUUACUGAGAAGCUACGCGAAUAGCUGCUUAAAGCAGAACGCUAUUGUAUAAUGUCUUUUUUUGUGCACUCAUAUGUAUGAACAUGAACAAUUGUGAAGUUGUAAGAAUAAAAGCGAUUUUUUUUUAAAUGCAGGAUUAGGACUUUUGUUUUGUUUAUUAUAAUUGUAUUUUUCUGUAACUUCUAAGCGAUAUCUCAAGUCUUUUUAUUCAAAUAAGAAAGUCAGCGAGUGAUAGGGAACGUUGCUAGCAUUUGAGAAGAGAGGGAAAUAUCAAGAAAAAUGUGUUUAUGUUGAUGUGAGCACAAGGAGAGAGUAGCAGUCCUCAAGCAACAUGUUGCUAAACUUCCAACGCAACAUGCACACCAAUCUACAGCAGUGAUGCUCAGAGACAGGCUCUUACUCUGUGCGCGCCCUUAUAAAGUCUAUAGAAAGCUUUAAAGAUCAUCAUUGACAUACGCACAUAGAUAUGUGCAUACACACAUACAUACAUAUAUGGGCUAAACGCAGUUAGCGCAGCGAUUGGCACAGAAGUCUCUCAGUGUCAGGAUGCUUAAGUGUACGCAUUACGUUUUCUUUCCUUAUACAUUUAGUACAGUUAACGAAAAUAGGUAAUGUGCAUCGUAUGGUUUUUGUUACAAACCUACACAAAUGUUGUGUAUACAUACAUAUUUUUUUUAUAGGUAACCGGUUAGCUGCAGCGCUAUUGAUGGCGUUUGCAAGAUCUCAUGUGAUCCGUUUUUAUAUAAAAAAUAUACACAGACAUACAUACACACAUACUUACUAGUGAACUUUUAAGGAUAGUAAACCUGUAAAAAGACAUACGACAUGUCUAAGCACAGGUCACUUUUAAAUGCCCAUCUAGUUAUAGUAUGUGCACCUAUUUCAGAUAAAAGUUAUGAAAGCUAAAGCGCAUGCACAUAGUUUUAUAUUGUAUUUAUUAACUUUCAAAAAAAAUCACUUGAAGCUUUCCCAGCAGCAAAAUCGAUCAUUAGUAUUUGCAGUUAUGUAUUUUCUCCGAUUUGUUAACGAUUUCUGUUUAAUUUUUCUUUGUUGCAAAAACCCUUGUAAUACAAAUAUCAAAGUAAAAUGAUUAUUGAAAGUGUGUAUGUAUACUUUAAAUGAGCAAAAUAUUUUUUUUCAAUUCUAUUUUUAUUUUUUAUUUUUUGAAAGAACAUCAAUAACACAACAAACACAAUUACAAUAGAAUAACCAAUUGGUGCUAAUAAACUACAAACUUACAAACUAGAAAAAAGGAAAAUCAAUGCAAAUUUUACACAAAUCACAAACUCUCAAAUUAUCAACAAAAUAAUAGCACAUAUAAAUUUCAAUAGUAAAAGCUCAUAUUGGAAGAGCGUGCAUAAGGACGUGAACAUAACAAAACAGUUGACUUUUUAAUAGUUAGAUUUAUAUGCGAGUAUAUAGAAACUAAGCCAUAUUUGUAUUUGUGUUUAAAGCCUUAGUAACUCCUGUAAAUUAUUUGCCAAGUGUAGCUGAGUUGUAUGUAAAAGAGAUGCAGGUUUUACGCUUUUGCGACAGCUUUUUUCAGCUCUUUAAAUAAUGUUAUAGUUACACAAAUGCUUAAAGCUCUCUCUGCUCUUUACUUCAGUGUCCUUCAAAGCUAUUGUUGCGAGUCAGUUUACAAUAUCAGCGAGCGUUGUUUCCGCUAUAUCUCCGACGACCGGAGAAAAAGUUUUUGCCCAAAAUACGCUUAUAUCAAAUAUACAGAUAUCUUACAAAAAUUUUGCCCUCGUUCUAUGUAUGCAUAUGUCCGCAACGACCAGUCGGAGCUUUUACCCUGCGUUAACUUAUGUUGAACCUACAGAAAGCUUUAAAAAUGUUCCUUCACAUAUUAUGUUUUGGUCAUUACUGGCUCGUUGAUAUACACCGGUGACCAAAGAGAGCUAUUUCACUGUGUUCGGCUAUGCCAAAUCUGCAGAAAGAUUUACAAAGCGAACUUUUCAAAAGCUCAAAGUUUAAAUCAAAGCGCAAGAUAAAAGCUAUUGAAGUUCUGAAUAGAUCAAAAACCACAAAAACAUCUCUUACCUCAAACCCAUAGCUGUUUUGUGGUCAUCGUAAACUUUUCAGAUUUCCAUAAUCUUAAAUCUGAAUGUGCACAAGAUCACAAAAUGUUUCAAGAUUUAAGAACUUGUAUGGGCUUUUUAUGCAAGCUUUUCAAAGAGUUUAAACCCAAUUAUCCUCUUUAUCAGCGAUGGUCAAAGAGAGCUUUUACUCUGCACACGUGUACAGAAAGCUCAAAAAAGCUCUACCCACGGGCAAAACGAUGCCGGUUACUACUCUAAAUCGAACAACUUGUUUCCAAAAGAAAGCUUUUCCUAGUCGAAAUGUAUGGGAAGCUUAUAAAAGCUCUGCAUACGAGCAAGGUGCUUUAAAUAAUGGACAGAGAUUCCUUUACCUAUUUGCACGUCUAUAUAAAAUGUAUGGAAAGCACACAAAGCUUAAAUCUUAAAUUCUCAAAAAACAAAAAAUAUGCAUGGUGGCACACUUAACCGCCUUGAAGGUAUAAGAUUAGAGUUUAAAGUAUAUUUCUUUGCCACAGAUUUAACACCAUUUUAGAUCGAACUGGUAACAGCUUUUUAAUUUUUUUAUAAUUAAGGGUUAAGGCUUAACUUAGUGUAAAUUUGGCGAUCUCCCUUCAAACUUUCUAGUUACUUACAUAUACAUAUGAAUUUAGUUUUGAGUCGAGUUGAAAAACUUUGCUUGUUUUCAAAAGCUUUUAUUCUAGCUUUUAUUGGCUUUUUUGGUUUCAAAACUUUCAUCAAAUUGUAGUCGCUUUGCAAGCCUGCAUGUUUUUCUGUGCUUUUUCAAUUGACGCGUGCAGAGUAAAAGCUCUCCCUGGCCACCUCUUCUUAAAGACCUGACGCACACAAAACUUUUUUAAUGCUGUACUAGGCAAUCUUUCCGUAAUUUGUUCCCUUUUUUGGAAGCUUUUCGAGCGCCGUUAAACCGCUUGCAUAGCCAACUUUAAAAUUCAAGAGCUUUUACAAGCUUUUUAUUAAUUUUUUGCAAGGUUUCCUUCGCACACGCUUCUUUUACUUCACAUACUCUCGUCUGUCGCUUGGCAAUCGGGUAUUUAACAAUAAAAUCAAAAUAUUUUACAAUUACAACAAUCUUAAUAGUUAUCUCCAUAAGACCAUUAGUUAAAUAUACCAACAUAAAUGCAUAUAAUUAAUAUCAACCCAGAUAAUACCGCACCAAAUAGACCUGCGCCUAAACGCCUAUUUUUUUAUCAACAUUUUAAUGAACUAUCCAACAAACAAAAACUUUUCGUAGCAAGCUUUGCGGCUUUAGUUUAGACAAUACCCUUGAUCACAUCAUUUUCGAUAACAAUACUUCAAGUUUUCACCGACAUUUUUUGGUAGAAUUGUCUACUUUUGAGUUAAUUAAAUACGUAGAACCGUAGUUUGCGCCCAAAAGGUAAAAGCGAGUAAAAUUUUGAAGUAUAAUAUCCUUUUUAUCAUUUAAAAAAUAAGACACAAAAAUUAUAAUACUAAAAAUCUAUUAUUAUACUUCAUUAUGAAUAUGUAUGUAUAUGCAUAUAUACUUUAUACAUAUACAACCGAGAAAAAAUAGAUGCUUGGGCAUACCAACCUAAAUUACUACGACACGCUAAAGGACUCUAAGGAAUAAAAAAUAAUUAAAAGCAAAGUAAAUUCGAAUGCAUAUUGAAAUGAAUAGCUUGAUAAGGCGUGAGAUAAAACUGUAGAAAUUUAGAAGAGAACCCUGGAAAUUUUUGAGGGAAAAUAUGGCUAUAAAUCUCUUAAAAGCACACACAAAUUUGUUUAAGACUUACUUAAGUAACAGAGGCGACAGGAGUUGGCAGCGAAAAAGACACUGAGAAAUAUCGUAGUUGAAGGAAAAAGGGUUAGAGUAGAAGAGUUAGAGCGAAAAAGUUGAGUAUUUGGCGCUGAAAAGAGGUCUUUUGAGACUUUUGAGAAGAAAAUGGGUUACAAAUUAUUU